AAGAAAGAUGAUGAACAGCUGAUUAAUGAAAACAAUGCUAGUUAAAUCAGGAUCCGCAUGUCUCCGAUGCACAGUUCAGUUUAGCAGAUCAUGAGUUACAAAGAUAGCAUCAGUCCACCGGAAGACACGGAUGGGGAUCCAGGCGUUUACAGGAAUAUCCCCCCAGUAGCACAAGGUGACGCUCAAACAGAAGGUGAUGAUGGGCAGUUUGAUUUCUCAUUCUCGACUUCUCUGGUGCGGGAUGCAUCUGAAAAAUGCAAGAACAUUGCUCACUCAAUUAAUUCUUCACAAAAUAAUCAACGCGUGAUCAACGAUAGAAAACUGUCUUUCUGUAAAGAAAUAGCUGAACGGACUCAUCUCUUACAAGCCACAGUGUUCAUAGAAGAUGCUGCUAGGUAUCGGGAGAUUUGCCAUCGUGUGGACAAGAGAGCUCUACAGAUCUACAGACUCUACCAUUCCAACCUUUUACAAAGGAGCCGCUAUGCCUUUAUUUUUGUGCUCCUUUUCCUGGCAUUCUUUGAAUUCCCGUCCUCUCUGACCUGGACGUCAGACAUUCGUAACAGGGGAGACAGAGUGGAUGUUCCCUGCGGAGUCACAGAGGGGAUAGAACUCAUCUGUUUACUCUUCUUUGUGACAGAUGUCAUAAUAAAAUACUGGUUGAUUGGCUUCACUCAGUUCCGUAAGAAGAAGUGGAUGGUAGCUACUGUGUUUGUUCUGGGGAUUUCCCUCGUAGACUGGUGUGUCAGCAUCAGCUUCAAAUGUAAUGAGGCAACUCGAUUUCGAAGAAUAAUCCGUCCAUUUUUUGUUAUAAACUACUCGAGCAUCAUGAAGAAGACUGUUAAAUGUCUGCAGAGGACUUUACCUGAGGUUAUUAGUGUCUUGCUGUUGCUUGGAUUACAUCUUUUUAUAUUUUCACUGAUUGGAAUGUUGUUAUUCCCUAAUCCUAAGCCCUAUGAUGAGAUGAGCAAUAUUACUGAUGGUGUAUCUGCCUUGCUGUCAAACACUACCACUCCCUCCCCCUCUAACUCUACAACUGUGAUAGGAGAAGGUGAUAAAUAUUUCCGUAGUUUACUCGACUCCUUCAUGAAUCUCCUGGUUCUCCUCACAACAGCCAACAACCCUGAUGUAAUGAUGCCUGUAUACCAACAAAACAGAUUGUACUCUUUAUAUUUCAUCUUGUUUCUCCUUAUUGGGAACUACUGUUUUAUGAACAUGCUUCUGGCUGUUAUUUACAACCAGUUCCGAGGAUAUUUCCAGACCUCGAUGCAGUCUGAUCUUUUGAGGAGGAGGGUUGGAGUAAGAGCAGCUUAUGAGGUCCUGAAAGAGACGAACACUCACUCCAACAUCUCUCCCUCUGAACAAAGAUAUGGUGUUUCUCUGUACAAUGUGAAAACCAUAGUAGAACAUGCCGAUUUACCUCAACAUGUCAAGUCAGCAUUAAGAACAGAUCUGGAUAGGAAGGCAGUAAUGGCCGACAACUAUCUCUCUCUGACAGAAUUCCAGGCUUGUUUUGAUGCCAUUGGAAUAGACCCUCCUCAGAAACAGAAACCAGAGAUUCGAUGGUUCUCGAACCCCUGGAUAAGAAGGUUACAGAGAUGUGUGGCACACAGAUUCUUUGGUUACUUUGGCAAUCUAGUCGCCACGGCCAAUGUUAUUGUGAUUGCAGCUGAGCUCUCUGUUGAAUAUGAUAAAAGUUUGGGUGGAAAUACAUCUAAUCUGAAUAUUGUGAACUUUACUUUUGUGAUAUACUACUUGGUUGAACAAGUCGUUAAGUUUAUUUGUCUCGGAGGGAGGAGAUAUGUGUCAGAAUACUGGAAUAUUUACGACGGCAUCAUUACUGUGAUACUUGUGGUUACUGAGAUUUUUGCCGUCGGAUAUUACGGGUUUCCACUCAGCGGCUCCAAACAGGUUCAUGAUACUCCUAUUGUGUGGAAUGUUGUACGCAUCAUCAACAUUCUCAUCCUGUUCAGACUGCUACGCAUAAUACCUAACAUAAAGGCUAUGACUAUUGUAGCUGCUACACUGGUAGAUCUAGUUAAGAAUUUAAAGGCAUUUGCUGGAAUCUUAAUUGUUAUAUAUUAUUCAUUUGCUAUACUUGGUAUUGAAAUCUUCCAUGAUUCUAUCAAAUACAACCCCUCCAAUGACACAGGGUUGGAUUUUGAAUGUGGGUCUUAUCAGCAGCUUAAUUACUGGGCCAACAACUUUGAUGACUUUGCAGCUGCUCUUGUGGUGCUAUGGGAUAUAAUGGUGGUUAAUAAUUGGAGUGUGUUUCUGAAAGCUUAUGCAGAGGCAAAAACAGAGUGGUCCUAUUUGUAUUUUGUUGUUUGGUGGUUGUUUUCUGUUGUCAUAGUGAUGCAACUGUUUACCGCUCUUAUCAUUGAAAAUUUCAUAAUGAAAUGGGACAAGAGUGGCUCUAGAAGGAGCAGAGGAAAUUCAGACUUUGAGGAAUCUCAUCAUUUUAUGUCUGUACAUGAUAUGUUCAGGGAAAGUCUUAAGGAACCAACAGAUGAUGAGAUAAUGUUACAGAUCAGUAACAACCAUUACCUACAGGAGGCUACCACUGGAUGUGUUAUUGGAACAUGAAAGUGAGAUCACUCUAUCAUCAGGAGGCUACCACUUGAUGUGUUAUUGGAACAUGAAAGGGAAAUCACUCUGUCAUCAGGAUUUUGAAAGGUGUCACUGUAUGAUAAUCAUGCUAAAGGGAGAUCAAUCUGUCAUCAAUCUUAUGAAAGACGUCACUGAUUUAUAGGAAUUCAAAGGGAGAGCAGUCUAUCAAUAGGAUUUUGAAAGAGGUAGCUGUGCCAUAUGCAAAUAGAAGGGAGACUACUCUGUCACAAAAAUAUAAUGACGUAAGAACACUGAUCAUGCUGUCGAAAGAAGCCUGGAUGUUGAUUGAGGCUUUGUCACAGAGAACCUUGCAAUCAAACAUUCUGCCUUGGCAUUGUUGUAGUGAUAGGAAACUCUCACCUUUAUCUGUAUUCUCUGUGAAAGUCUUCUUUGUAGUGCAUACAGUGGUGACUCCACAGUAGAUCCUGUCCACAGUAUGCCCUUUAUAAUACCUCAUCAUUCUCAAGAGUUGUUUUUUUUAAAUAUAUAUAUGACCUUUUAAGUUGCUAUUGUACAUUUUUGACUAUUUUAUAGGAAGAAUGGAUUAAAUCACUCCUAUUAUUAGCUUAAUUUUAGACUUUCGAAGAGAGAAAUUUUAGAUAAAAAAAGGUUAAAUCAAAUAUUCAUGAAAUCAAUGAACUUUGUGAACAAAACAUUUUAUUGUGUGUAUUGAAAAUAGGUAGCAAAAAGUGAGCAUAUCACUUCUAAAUUACAAAAAUAGAAAGGUUGUCAUAUAAGUGAAAAGGUGAACAAAAUCAUUGGGCAUUUUACACCAAAAUUUUUAUAUUUACCUAUUUUUAGAUUGCAUAGGAAAACUUUAUUUGUAAUAAAAUCAUCUAUUAUGUAUUCUGUAUGUGUAUGUGAUCAUCAUUAUCAUUUUUAUAUAAGCUUGUUUUUACAAAAUAAGAUGCAACUGAACUGUGCAAACAAAUUGUUUUAUCAU